AUGCCCGCCGAAACACCAACCGAAAAAAGAGAGUUGAUCGAAGGCAUCAUAAACGGCCUAGAGCGCCUAAUACCAGUGAUUGACAAAGACUGCCUGCAGAUCUUCCAGGAGCUGUUAGCUCCAGUAUCAAAGCAUCUAAGCCGUUGCGGAAUCGAAAUCACACUUAAACCCAACCGCUUUAGCCGGCCUACCCAAAACACAGAAAAUAACCAAGCACGGGCCGUUGCAGCACAAAAGCGUCGCAGAGCUUCCCACUCCGAGGGCCCAGAGUGGCAACGGCUCGCAAGAGCCCCCGAACCACCGCCCUUGCUCAUUGGUAGUUGCCGGCGUCACACCGGCCUCCCUUCCAUAGGUCAGGAGCCAACACAAUCGAACCAUGGGCCCACAAGCUCCACAUCUUCGGGGGGUAGAAGCUCUAACCGCCUGAAGGAUCGGCCGUUAUUGGCAAGGCUCGUAGUAAGAAUACUCCGAUACGUGGAAAAUCCCCCCCCUCCAGCAGCUCCUUUGUCCAAUAUUGGGACAAGAUUUCAAAAUGAAAUUGAGGGCCUCUUGCACUCAGAACACCUGGAACAUGGAACCUCAGCAAAGAAAUUGGCAAGGCUUCGUCGACUACACCCAUUGUAUAUCGCCGAACUAAAUAUCAUAGGCGAAAGAAACACAAAGUUGACAAAAAGAAGCCAUAAAGCCGUCCUUGUGACAAGCCUUCAUUCUAGAUUCGGAGGGAUCAGAAGGACAUUCGCAAGGCUAGUAACCGAUAUUGAAAUUGUGGGGACGUUAGUAAAGCUUUAUCCCCAACCGGCCGUACAAAUAUCUGGAGCGGUACUUUUAGCAAUAGCCAUGGAAUAUUAUGGCACCUCGGUUAAGUACGUAGAGGAGAAAAUGGGGAUAUUGCAGUUGUACAUUCCCUGGUUGACUAGUCUCGUAUCGGCGGAAACUGUGAUCCCCUCCGGUUUCAGGAUACCUGCGAACUCAUUGGCAGGGCAUCCUACAGAGUUAGUAGAGCCUCCACACCCAUUAAACCUACAGCCUAUUGAAACUAGUUCCGACUUGUGGGCAGACGUCGUGCGCCUUGAUGAGAAGUUUCUUAUAAUUUGCGAGGACACAAUUCUGACUUUGACAAGCCUGGGCUCGAAGACGGUUCUUGGCAGCUUGAAGCCCGAAAACAAACUGGGUAUGAUACGGCGCGUCGAUCGAGAUCUCGCAAAUUGCGGAACGAUUAAACGUAAUGGAGAGGAAAUCGUUAUCACCGUUUCUGAGGUCGAUGCAAUGACAGAACUGACAUUAUUCUGA